AUGUUCGCAGCAACAAAGUGUGUGCGGGCCGCUGCUGCACAAGCCGAGAGACAGCCUUCAAUCAAGUUCCUUGGGAAGCGGUCGAUUCCUGCUUCCGUCGACCACACCCCCCGCGCCCAUCCAGCCUCCCCUACUCACGAGCUCCCCGCCGACUUCGUGUCCGCGCAAAAGUCCUCCUCGGCCUCCUUCUCCUCCUACAGGCAGCAGGCCCAGCAACACGGGCCUCUCGGCCGCACAAAGGCUUCCGACGGCACCUUGGGCUCGAUGUCGGGACAAUCGCUCGGUCCCGUCACUCCCGCCAAGGGGGAGUUCUUCGACCGCAGCGAGUUGCCCGCGAGGUUCAGAAGACAGCCUAUCGAUAUAUCUGAGAUCGACGCCAUUGAGACCGGGGGAGCGAGCUUGGCAGCUUAG